GGUAAGCCAGCUAAGAGAGCCAAGAAAGAGAAAGUGGUGGAGGAAGAUGAGGAAGACGAUGAAGAAUUAGAUGAGGAGGAAGAGGAGUCAGGUCCCUCCUCAGAUAACCCAGACGACGAGGAUUUUGAACUGGAAGAGAGCUCUAAAUCGAAAAAGAAAAGCCCUCCAAAGAAAAGAGGGAGAAAGAGUGCCAGCAAGAAGGCGGCAGAAUCAGAGGACAGUGAAGAAGAGAAAGACGAGGAAAGCGAAGAGGAGACAGAGGAGAAAGAGAAGAAACCAAAGAAAGCACCAGCCAGGCCUCGGAAGUCAACCACCACACCACCUAAAAAGGGAAGACCUUCGACUGGAGGAAAAAAGAAAACUGCCAACAAAGUUGUAUCCAGUGAUAGUGAAAUCAGCAGUGAUAGUGAUUCCGAAGAGGAAGUCAGCAGUUGGAAGAAGAAAGAUGAAGAGAGGAAGAAAGCAAUGGAGAAAAAACUCAAAGAAGCUGAGGAAAAGAGGAAGAAGGAGGAGGCGGAGAGGAUUAAAGCCAUCCGAGCGGAACAGAGGCUGGCCGCGAAAGAGGAGGGGGAGGAAGAUCAGGAGGAGGAGGAAGAAGAAGAGGAAGAGGUGAAGCCGAGGAAGAAGUCCAGAAAAAACAAGGAAGAAGACAAGACAACAGAUGAGGAACAUCAAUCCAGUACACCAAAACCUUCUAAACAUGUCAAAAAGAAAGCGGAGAAACCAGAGUCUAAGAAACAAAAGGUGGAUAAAAAUAAAGAGAAGGGCAAGUCAAAGGAAGGGGAGGAAGAAGAGGAAAUGGAAGAGGAAAAGGAUGAAUCCAUGAAGGAAGGAAAAAUGGAGGAGAGCAGCAAGGAGGAAAAAUCCCCCAAGAAACCAGUGAUAGAGUCAGAUACGGAGGAAACAGAGCAGGCGGAAAAGUCAGAGGAAAAAGUGGAGGAAGGGGCGGAGGAAAACAAAGAAUCCAAGGGGGAGGAGGAAAAGAUGGAAAAGGACAUUGUGAAUGAGUCAAAAGAGGAAAUUCCUAAGGAGAAAGAGAAAUCAAAGGAAGACCUAGAGAAAGAGAAGAAAGCUAAGAUUGCCAGAGAGGAGGCCAGACGAGCGAGAGAGGAGGAACGCCGACGUAAACAGGAAAGAGAAAGGGAGAGGGAGCGCAAAAUCAAAGAAAGGGAGGAAGAAAAAGAGAGAAAGAAGAAGGAAAAGUAUGAACAAAAGAAGAAAGAAAAGAUCAGCUUUAUGCACACAGAGGGGAUAUUAAGUGCUAUGGAUAAUGAGAUUAAACUGUGUGUCCAGAGGGAAUCUACAGAUGUGGACAAGUGUCUAGCUAUUAUGGAGGAUUUAGAUGCUCUGCCUGUUAAUCAGGUCAUGCUGAAGAAAAACCCAGACAUCAUGAAAACCAUUAAAAUGCUGAGGAAAUAU